AGGCGAGUGAAGUAAGUAGAGAGAGAGAGAGAGAGAGAGAGAGAGAGAGAGAGAGACCAGACCAGACAAGACGGGCCAGCGACAGAGUCGGCUAGGGUCAGGGUAGCGCUUGAAGGGCAAGAUAGUGCUAAGAUACCGGUAAAGCAAAGCAAAGCACCCCCAAGUCAAGUCACAUGCAUGCACUCGUCUGCGCGUCCUUUUGUUUUGCUUUGCCCUGCACAACUGCUGCCAUGAUGGUGCUCCUAUUCUUCCUCCAGGACUGCAUGCAGCAUGACAUGACUCCACCCAAACAACCUCCACUCUUCAGUCCAUCUUAUAGUCCAUCACUCACUCCAUCUAGUCGCGCAUUCGUCACCGCUGCGACGACGUGGACAAGGGUUUCAGGCUUGUUAUUAGGCUUGCUGCUUGAUGUGACAGACGCUCGCCCGCCUCCCAACGCACGGCAGGUCCCGGUAACUAUGGCCUACCCAGUAGCCUGCGUCCUCCAUCUCCUGGUGCUGGUGCCUACCAUCCAUUUGGCCCCUGCUACUGGCUUUGAUGAUGCCUGGUCUGCUGAAGUGUGUCAUGUCAAAGAGCCGUUUGGGCACUGAGCUCCCUUCGCUUGCGUUUGCGGGUGGCUUGGUAUAGCAUUGUUUUGUUAUUAUAUCCAUGUCUGAACUGUCUCUCUCGUCCGGUGCAAGUAGGCCUACACCUAGAGUAGCCUGCCUCUGUAUUCCGUCUACUCCUACACACGUCACGUCGUAUCCUGCGGGGAGGCCAGUUGCACGUUCUCGUGAGGCUUUGGAGCUAUGACCAUCAGCACAGCAUAAUAAUAAUAAGCACACCUACAGUAGAAGCACCAAGGUCCAGGUGCACGCUCAGUCUCUUAU